CACGGGGGCUAUAGUUGGCGCGUAGACGCCAACGCGUAACCUGCCCACAACUCUCAUAAAUUUAUUUCGCUCGUGCAGAAACAACUUUAUAAUUUAAGCAAUUUUAAAAUAAGAAGUUGCAAUAUCACAAAUUAACAACUAAUAAAAUUUGCUUAAUUCAGAUGGGGAAGUUUUGGCGCGCGAAGUCAAAGAUGUUGUUGGUGGCAGCGGUUUUCAUUUCGCUAAGUGAGUUAGCGUCCACAAUCGAGGGGACCAAAUGUUAUUGGUGCGGCCCGCUAGCUGACCAGGUCCAUCGGUCCAGGCGCUCGCAGCCUUGCAACGCGUCAACCUACGAAGAAACCACCUGCGACCCUGGGUAUGACUACUGUGCGGUUAUUGCGACAUCGCCUCCUCUAACGGAGUCCAGGGUUUGCGUAAAGGUAUAUCAAGACGAGUGCUACUCUGUAUACUGCAACUCUAGUCGUCAUUGGCGCGUUGUGUGCCCUUGUCGCGGUGAACUCUGCAACGGACCUGCCACCCAACGUGAAACCGAAGCCUUCACCACACUAUUCCAAAAAGCAAAAAGAAGUAUUUUCGGAACGAAAAAACUAAGAGAAAAAAGGGCACUUGUUGCAUCGGCUAACUUCAUUAGUGCCAGAAGACCUAGAGUCGAAAAUGUUAGCGAACCAACAAUGAGCAACAUCGUAAGCCAAGCUACCGAUGCCGAUAAAAUGAAUUCAGAGGAAAAUAACAAAAUGGAAGAAAAUGUUGUACAUAGUACAGUCUCUGAUGAAAUGACUAAAAUGCCGGAAGGGAAUGAUAUUACAAAUUCGAUCAGUGUAGACACUAAAGAUAUCGAACAAAAUGACGUAGCAACGACAAUUGAAGAAAUGGAUACUAAGACAAUGUCUACUACAAAUAAUGAAGCUAUGCAAAAAGAUGAAUCCAUAGUGGUUCAAAACAUUAAACCAAGCAAGGAUACACUGACGGCAGAGGCUUUACAACAAAAUGUAAAUCCCGACAAACAAGCUACAGAAAUGAUGACAACUUUGCAAGCAACAGUAUCGACUACACCCAGCACUACUCGUAACGGCAUGUUCACAGAAGAACCACACAAAAACAAUACUGCGACAGCAAUCACCCACAACCACAUGAUCACUUCUAUGAUUGGAAUGAUAUUACAGCGUUAUCUUUAAUUCAACUUUAAUCACUAUUAAUGUAUCCUAUGAUCUCUAUAUUAUUAAAGCUUUAUUAUAGACGUAGAUAAAGUAGUGUUCAAAUUUGUGAUACUAGCAUAGUAUAGCGAUUAAAAUUUACUUAAUUCACUUGAUUGGCACGCAAAUUAAACGCAAAUAUAUAUCGUU